AUGGCGACAGUUCCGGGACCAUUGAUCUGGGAGAUCGUUAAGAGGAACAACUGUUUCUUGGUGAAGCAGUUUGGUAGAGGCAACGCUAAGGUUCAAUUCAGCAAAGAGAAGAACAAUCUCUGCAACCUUAACUCUUACAAGCAAUCUGGUCUUGCAAACAAAAAGACCGUGACCAUCCAGGCUGACAAGGAACAAGGUGUUGUCCUUGCCACAACCAAGACCAAGAAGCAGAACAAGCCUAAGGUCUCUGUCAACAAGUCUAUCCUAAAGAAGGAAUUCCCGAGGAUGUCCAAGGCUGUUGCUAACCAGGUGGUUGACAACUACUACAGGCCAGACUUGAAGAAAUUUGCUCUUGCUAGGCUCAGUGUCAUCAGCAAAAGCAUCAGAGUUGCCAAGUCCGGUGCCAAGCAAAGAAACAGACAAGCUUAA